UUCUGCUUGUAGCUCGACACACCAGAACUAGGAACCAGCACGAUACUCGCUGGAUAUCGAUAAAUUCAAAGUAACUCGGCUCAUCCAGUUCAGGUCGACGCCGGGCACGCGAGUCUCAUUGUUUGUAAUAGCUCGAGGAAAGUAGCUCUCUUCCGCAUUCCUUUCAUGAGUCAAGGACCACAUCUCCACUGUCUCCACUUUUCCAACCUCGAAGAGGCUCUAUCAAGUAUGACACUCAAGCAAAUGGCUACUCUGUCUCCGAUGGAAUCUCGUAAGCGAGGAGUCGUGCUGUAAGAUUCAUUUUGCUUUGGUUUCAUGUGUUGCGUCACGAUGUAUCUUAAGACUUGCGUCGUCGAAUGUCUUUCGAUCGCUUGCGGGGUGUGUGGCGUUUGAUCCCUCGCACCUGGGUCCGUCUUAGUGCAUAAAGGUGACCCCGGCGCAUUCUUCUCGCCCGCAGUGUUGUUUCCCGUUUAUAAUUUGAGGCAUUCUUUUCCUGGGGUUUUCCCUCUGCUCGUGUCGUUACUCUUUUAAAUUAUAGAGCAUGUCUCAUGUAAGCAACUUCUCCAAUAGUUGUAGCUAGAGAUAUGGCCGUUAGCUUGUUUGCUUACGGUCCUAUGCUCUCCCAGUAUCUAAUUAUUUAAUUGUGUGAUUAGUGCGGCGGCCGCAUCUAGGCCUAACGAAAAAAAAAUAUGGGACUCCGUCCGGGUUGAGAAACAGGCAACCCCCAUGGAAUUGGAGGAGCUGAAUCCAAUUUCCAUACUUACAAGAACUGCCGAAUAUUUCUGAAGCUGUUAACUACAGUCACAACUUUUUAUUGCCGAAACGAUGCGUGUCCUCUGACUGAAAAGCAUUGCGCUUCUGAAGUAUCUUUUUGAAGAGUCAUCAGCUUUUCGAGAAGUGUUGUAGAGACAACAGAAGCGACGGGUUUUUAGGAAGAAAAAGAAUGAGAAUCAACUAUGUAAGUAGCCGUUUUUUUCGUUGUAGAUCAAGAUCAUGAUGAUGAUUCGAACAAGAAGUAGAAAUGAUGAGAACUGUGAGAAGCUCUUGCUACUUUUGAGACUUUGAUUAAGAAGAAGUAGGUGAUUAUGAUUGCUAAGUUUAAGUCCAAAAUGUAUUUGACGAAAUUGCUUCACCGAGCUAGUAAGUUUGUGAUUGAAGAAAUUAUUUCGACCAUGUCGUGUUCCGUACCAAUUACAAACUCAAAAGUGACUCGUUCGAGUCUUGAUGUGAGAAAUCAAUUGCAUUCCUCGUGGAGAAAUCAAUUGCAUUUCUCGUGAAUAAGAUGAGGAAUCACAAUCAGAAAUCAAAUUAUUUUUGUGGCAAACGUCAGCAGCUGGCUGACGUAGAAGUAACUCUGGGACGGGUUUAAAUGACUUGUUUUCCUUUGUAUGAGUAACAACCUUGUGAAAGCAAAACAACAACAAGAAAACCCAUAGCGCUUCAGACUCGAUUAGAUUCUGCGUUUGCGCUUUCUACUUUUACAUUCUGAUUUUCUGUGGCAAAACGUUACUACUCUUCAUUCUUAUUUUUGUUGAUGAAAGAUGACAAUCAUUCAACAGCCGUCGUCUUUCGUUCAUAUACAUAGCAUUCUUUUUUUGUGGUCACUGAGAG